GGCGCCCUGUGGGCAGCAGAGCCGUGACAGCAAACACCAGGCUCUGCCUCUCUUCCCAGUUCCCCCCAGCGUCGAAGUGCGCGCCGAGCCGAGCCCCGUUGAGGUGAACAAGACCGUGACCUUCACCUGCCUCGUGAAGGAGUUUUACCCAGCUAACGUGUCCGUUUCCUGGCUGGAGAAUGGGAUUGAGAUAAAGGUGCAGAACAUCUCCCGGCCAUGGAAGCUGCCCCGGGGCUUGUUUGAGCUGAGAAGCCAGGUGGAGGUGCAAGCGACGGAGGAGAAAAACGGGUCCACGAUCAUCUGCACGGUGGUGCACGAUGGCCAGGCCCCUGCCAACUACUCAGCCUCCCUGUGGAUCUCCAACCCG